UCGCCUGAGGCUGAGGUGGUAGCCUCCCUCGUUGGGGGCUAUGGAGUCGAGAUACGCCGGUUGACCCCGACGCUGGGCUAGAAGUGGGCCCCUGGGCCCGGGAGCUCGGCCCUGCCGGCGUGGGGGAAGCGCGCCCGACGCCAUGGCAGCUGCCGUGUCCUCGGAGCCUUUCGAGAAAUUGCACGAGAUCUUCCGCGGGCUCUACGAUGACCUGCGAGGGGUCCCCGACAGGCUCCUGGGCACCGGGGGGACCGAAGGGAAAAAGAAGCUAAUCAGAGAUUUUGAUGAGAAGCAACAGGAAGCAAAUGAAACGUUGGCAGAGAUGGAAGAGGAGCUGCGUUAUGCCCCCCUGUCUUUUCGCAACCCCAUGAUGGCCAAGCUUCGAAGCUACCGCAGAGACCUGGCCAAGCUCCAGCGAGAGGUGAGGAGCACUCCACUGACAGUGCCUCCUGGGGGCCGAGGAGACAGCAGAUAUGGGGCAUAUGCUAUAGAAAAUGAGCACAUGAAUCAGCUGCAGUCUCAAAGGGUGUUACUUCUGCAAGGCACUGAGAGUCUGAACCGAGCCACUCAGAGCAUUGAACGUUCCCACCGGAUUGCCACUGAAACGGAUCAGAUUGGUUCUGAGAUAAUUGAAGAACUAGGGGACCAAAGAGACCAGCUGGAACGCACAAAGAGUCGACUGGUGAAUACAAACGAAAACUUGAGCAGAAGCCGAAAGAUCUUGCGUUCAAUGUCUAGAAAAGUGGCAACCAAUAAACUGCUGCUUUCCGUGAUUAUCCUUCUGGAGCUGGUCAUCUUGGGAGGCCUAGUCUAUUACAAGUUCUUUCGAAAAUAAUGAAAAUCCCUGCCUCCUCUUUACCCUUCUUGUAGAUCUCUAAAUCAGAGAGCUAAGGACCAACUUCACUGCUGUGGGCUAGCAGUUUAAGCACUCAGACUGUAUGUAAGAGAGAAGGCAGACAACGAUUGGAAAUGUAAAGUAAUGUUAACAAGGCUGGGGUGCUAUACCAAGGUAACAAAUGCUGUGUUUAUUAGUUCUUUAAAUUUAGAGAGUAUUCUAAUAUAUUAACUAAUGAUGAACUAAAUAAAACCAGUUACAGAAUACAGUAA